AUGGAGUCAAAUGCUUUGAACGAAAGAAUGGCUCGUUGGAAAAUUUUUCUUUCUGAGUUUGACAUAGUCUACGUGAACCAAAAGGCUGUAAAGGGGAGUGCAAUAACAGAUUUUCUGGCCAGUAGAGUUUUAGAAGAUUAUGAACCAUUGAGCUUUGACUUCCCGAAUAAAGACCUAAUGUACGUUGCGACCACGGAAGAAGACUCUCAAGAAGGUCACCUGUGGAAACUGAAUUUUGACGAAGCUUCAAAUACUAUGGGUAACAGAAUCGGGGCAGUCUUGGUAUCCCCAAACGGAGAUCAAUAUCCUUUCACCAGCAAACUGGAUUUUGAUUGCACAAAUAAUAUGGCCGAAUACGAAGCAUGUAUCGUGGGAAUUCGUGCAGUAAUAGAACGUAAGAUUAAAGUACUAGAGGUAUAUGAGGAUUCUGCAUUAGUGAUCUAUCAGCUUAAAGGGGAAUGA